ACGGUCACGAUUGUCGGGUCAGCAUCCUCUUCAUUUCAGCAAAGGAGAGUCCUUAACGCCGGCUGAAUCAAAGAUCAACUUACUACUUUCUCUCGUGCUGACCACGCUCCAUUUCCAGUCUCAGAUCUCGAAGAUGGCAACGAAAAUCUCUCAGCUUGUUUGUGUCUCCUCCACCAAUCGCCAAUUCCACUUCCGGAGCCGAUCGUUUCCACGCCCGGAGUCUUUUGUAGUUAGAAGCGUUGAUGGGAAUAGCUCAGAAACACCAGCUUCUCUGAGCUAUACAGCUGAGGUUUCUAAACCUUUUGUUGAGAGAACAUCAAAACCCUAUUCCACAGUGGAUGAAACUGGUACCAGUAAAGAGAUUAUCACAGAGCCAGUAGAGGAACAACAUGUUGCCACAACGCAGCCAAAAAGAGCAGCAAAGAUCCAUGACUUCUGUUUUGGCAUUCCUUAUGGUGGUCUCGUUAUGAGUGGAGGGUUGCUUGGAUUUGCAUUUUCACGAAACUUGACAAGUUUAAGUACUGGGGUUCUCUAUGGUGGUGGCCUUCUAGCCCUUAGUACUUUGAGCUUAAAGAUUUGGCGACAGGGGAAAUCCAGUUUCCCGUACAUACUAGGUCAAGCAGUGCUUUCAGCUGUUGUCUUGUGGAAGAACUUCACAGCUUAUUCUAUGACUAAGAAGCUGUUUCCUGCUGGGAUUUUUGCUCUCGUCAGUGCUGCCAUGUUGUGUUUCUAUUCGUAUGUGGUGCUCUCUGGAGGAAACCCACCUCCAAAAAAGUUGAAACCAUCUGCUAGUUCUUCAUACUGA